CGGGAGUUUCUGGAUUAGGUGAGGGGUGAUACAUUUAAAUUUACUUUGUAAGUUUCUCUUGGCUGCCAUCCAGUAAAGCCAGGGCUGGGAGAAGUCUUGUCUAGGACCAGCUGCUUCCCCCUCUGUCCUUCAGCUGCAGGUGCUGCACUGAGUGUCCCUUGUCCCCUGGCUGUGGCCAUGCACUUUCCUCCCCUCCUGUAAAUCCCUUCCCUGGAGAGCCCUGGGCAGCAGGAGCAGCAGGUCAGAGAUGAGGGCCAUUGCUGCCCAGUGGGAGGCAGUGCCCGUUGGUGGUGCCCCGCUGGCAGGAGCCCUGUCCUGCUCCUGCCUUCUCCAGGGCAGGCUCUUGCCCUGGCAGCGCAGGCGUCCGAGCUGCAGCUCCGCUCAGAUCACCUUGAGCCGCGGUUAAUGAUUGAUUACCCGUGCCCCCCUGCCCUGCCCUGCCCUGCGUGGGGAGCGAGUGCUGCAGCCCCGGGAGCAGGAGGAUGCUGCUGCUGCUGCUGCUCCUGGCUCUGCUGGGCCCCGCUGGCUGCCCCAGGACAGAGCCCCUGAGCGGCUCCAGCCAGGAGCCGCUGUUCCGCGGCGCCGACCGCUACGACUUCGCCAUCGUCAUCCCCGCUGGCAGCGUGGAGUGCUUCUGGCAGUUCUCACACCAGGGAGGAAACUUCUUCUUCAGCUACGAGGUGCAGCGGGCCACGGGGAUUGGCAACAACAGGAACAUCCUGGUCACAGCGAGAGACCCCAAUGGCUUCCAGCUUGGAGUGUCCCAGGAUGUACGAGGACAGAUCAACUUCGUCACCAAGGAGACAGGUUUCUACCAGCUCUGCCUGGACAACCAGCAAAACCACUUUGGCUUAAUGCAGGUGUAUCUCAACUUUGGUGUGUACUAUGAUGACUACAACAUGGAGCACAAGCAGCCAGCAGAGAGGAAGGAGCUGAACGACACACUGGAGGCAAUUGGGAUGAGCAUCCACAGGCUGCAGACCCACACCUUCCACAUGUGGCGCUUCUACAACUUUGCCCGGAUGAGGAAAGGGGCUGACUUCUUCCUCCUGGAGUCCAACUACAACUACAUCAACUGGUGGUCCAUGGCCCAGAGCUGUGUCAUUGUCCUCUCCGGGGUGCUGCAGCUCUGCUUCCUCAAGCGCCUCUUCCACGCGCAAACCUCGGGCAGCCAGAAGUGCUAGGGCAGGGCAGGGACCCC